UGUGAGGUAUUACUUCAAAUUAAAAAAAUGAUUCGGAAAAUUAAUGGCAGAGUUGCUUGACCGACAUUAUUAUUAUGAGUAAGUUCCUAUACCAAACAGUCACACACCGCAAGACUUGCAAGAAAUUUGCAAGAGAAGACAAGACAAGAAGUGACUAAGCUCUUGCAAUAAUUUGCAAGACAAGACAGCAAACAAGACAAGAAGUGGCAGAAAUAAAUUUGCAAGAAAGGGCCAUUUCUUGUCUUGUCUUGCCUUGCGAGAAUCACUAAACAAAAUGUCCUCGUUGCUAAGACACAUUGAUCAAAUGACGUCUAAGUUGCAAACGGAAUUUUCAAGAAUGAGUACCCACGUUUGUCUCUUCACCCACUUAUUUAGUACUUUGAGAACACUAAAGUUAACACUUAACCUCGCACUUAACUCAUUCUCACUAUAGAUCGAUCAUUGCAUAUCCGCUUAAAACGGAAGGGAACAUUUAAUGACAGCUUUAAUUUGCCGAGUACUUGAUACAGUUUAGGGUCUCUCAACUAAAAGGGACGAUUGUACGUGUACUGGUGUACUACACAAGUUCAGUGACUAAAUGAAGAAAUGUUCCUGUGUAAAAUUCAAGAAUUUGUUCACUACUCUGCACGGUAUACAACCGGCCGAACUAUAAACAUGUCUUGCUGAAGCUAUGAGCACUCUGCAGAUCCACUAACCAAAAUUACAACAGAUUCAGCAAUUGACAUUAUUUUUCCAUUAAAAGAAUUCGUUAGCUAUUUUCCAUUUACGAUCAUUCAGCGUUUUCCUACUGUUAAUUCAAUUUUAGUCGCACGAACCUGUUCGUCUUUUGGGAAAUUAAACUACUAAUUAAUGAACGUAUAUACGCACAAAUUAGUUACGUCACAGUCACAACCAAUAUUAAUUAGGCAGUAUUAACUACGUCACCUUGUUACGACACCAACGUGAAUGUUAAACGUCAUUCCCCUAUCUUAAUGUUUGAAUUUUGGAACGGAUCCUUAAAGAUCAAAAUGGUGUAGUACAAAUCAAAUAGCAUAGAAUAAAUAAUAAUUUUAGAGCGUUUUGUUUAGGCAUUGUAUUUCUUCAGACAAACGGGGAAUUUUGAACUAUCUGCAAAUCUGCAUUAGUUAAAAAAAAUUGAACUGGAAAAUCUAGUUAAAGAUACCCUUUGCAGUAUAGUUGCACUCGACUUAUGCACAUUCUAUGGGCAAGUCCUACUUUUCAUGAAAAAUGUUAAUUUGAUUUCAGUGUUAUCGUUGUUAAUUGUGGGAAAUUAGUUAGCGUCAAUCUCGAAACUGUUGCCCUACCAUUACUGGGUACCUGUUUCUUAUAAGAGGGGACCAAAAGGCGACUCUACUCAGUUUCUGCCGCAGUGCAUCAAUAUGCUGUCCUGGUUUAUAACGUUCUUCUUGGCGUCACUACUAUUCCGAGUCGCCUAUUUUUUCAUCACACGAAACUAUGACUACUGGAAGAAGAGGGGAGUCCCUUACAUCAAGCCGAAGCCGAUUUUCGGAAGCAUUCUGGAGGUCGCACUGGGUCGAGCACAUCCCGGCAAAUACAUCGGUCAGUUUUACUCAAAAUUCGACAGUCCCUACUUCGGAUUCUUCGCAUUUAAGAAGCCCUACCUAGUGAUCACCGAUCCCGAAUUGAUUAAAACGGUACUUAUUCGGGACUUCAACGUCUUCCCGAAUCGUUACUUCGUCAGUGACAAGAAGAUCGAUCCGGUCAUGAGUAGUGGCCUUUUUGCAAUUCACAACCCGACGUGGAGGUGGCUACGUCAAAAACAAAGCCCGUUUCUAUCCUACGGCAAAAUCAAGCUAAUGGUACCACUCAUUCAGGAGUGUGGCGAUUGCUUAAAGGAUUACAUUAAUGACAACGUUGGGAAGAUGGUGGAGGUUAAAGAAAUGUCCGCGAAAUAUGCCACUGACGUAAUUGUCAGAUGCGCUUUUGGUAUUAGUGCAAACUCGUUUGUAUGUGAAGAUGGCUUUCGUUUGGCAGGCAAAACUAUGCUCAGCCAAUCCUUCAUGAGAAGUUUGAAGAUAUUUUCAUAUUACUACGCGCCCUUGCUUGUAAAAAUUUUUAAAUUUAAAUUCAUUGAGCCAUCUGCCGUGGAUUUUGUUAGAGAAGCAUUUUUGGAAGCUUACAGAGCGCGCGAGAAAUCUGGUGUUAAAAACAGAAGGCAGGAUCUUAUCGAUAUUCUGAUUGAAAUGAAGAACGAGGGUGCCGAAUUUGAAGGUUUCAAGUUAGACGAGGAAAAUUUAGUGGCGCAAGCCGUGACCUUAUUUUCAUCUGGAUUCGAGGCGGCUGCAUCCACUUUGGCAUUCACGUUACACGAACUAGCUGUUAAUCCAGAGAUUCAGCGCAAGCUUAGAGCCGAAAUUAAACACGUGGUUGAAAAAGACGGCGAUGUGUGCUUUAGUGGCAUUCAAAGCAUGAAAUACCUAAAUAUGACCAUCACUGAAACCAUGAGAAUGUUUCCAGCGACCUCUUUUAUACACAGGGAGUGCUUGGAAGACUACAAGAUACCAUCUACGGGAUUGGUGAUUGAGAAGGGAACACCAAUCAUAGUCGGGCAAUAUGGGCUUCAUUACGAUGAAAGAUACUUUCCAGAACCUCAUAUUUAUAGACCCGAAAGAUUUAGUGAUGAAAAUAUGAAUCAGAUAGGCAGAUGCACGUACUUGCCAUUUGGGGAAGGUCCACGUAGUUGCAUAGGGCAAAUGUUGGGUGUUCUUCUUGUGAAAGUAGCGGUUGUGGAAAUUCUGAGAAAUUUCUCGAUAGAAAGACACGCGUCUACAGUAGAACCAGUGAUAUUAACACCUUUUCCAAUUGUGCAAGCCAAAGGAGGAUUACCCCUCAUGUUUAAACAUUUAAGUGAUAAUUUUUAGUUUUUACGGUUUUAUACCUAAGUUUAUAAUAAAAGUAAUUUAUGAUGUGUA